AUGAGCAUUAAUAAAGAAGAAGUUAAGAAGCAAGUUGAAUACUACUUGUCAGAUAAGAACCUUGUUAACGAUGAAAAAUUCAGAACCAUUAUUUAGGAACAUCCUGAAGGUUAUUUAAGCUUUGGUAACAUCUUGAACUGCAACAAGAUAAAGAGACUCGGAGUUACUACUUUUGAAUAAUUAGCUACCUCUCUCGCUGAUUCUACUCUCGUUGAACUUAAUGAGGCUAAAGAUUCAGUCCGUAGAGCUGGAAACAAACCCAUCCCUGCAAAGGAAGCUGUAGAUCCUGCUGAAGCUGCUGAAAAGGAAGCUAGAGAAGCUGAAAAGAAAGAAUUAAUCAAUUUCUACGAAACAUUCCAACCAAUCAUUUUCUCAACUGCUUGCGAACAAGAAGGUGUUGCUAAUUGGAGAAACAUCACCGAAGCUUUAUUAAAGUAACACAACGUCCAUGCCCCUUACUGCCGUUUCGGUAAAUUAGAAGGUAACUUCGCCCUCAAUAAGGAUAAGACCUCCCAAGAAGUUAUUGAUCAACUUGUCUAAGAUGGUUUACAAUUCGGUGAAUCUAAAGUUACUAUCAAGGUUAGUGAAGGUGAAGCCCUUAGCAAAUUCUGGGAAUUACACGGUCGUCACUACAACGGUGUAAUGGAAUUAAAGAAAAAGGAAGUUAACCAAACAGUAAAAGCCAAAAAGGACAAAAAGGAAAAGAAAUAAAAAAGAGAAUUUGAAUUCGGUGGUGAAAAAUACACUGAUGUCCUCACCAUUAAGAACUUAUUCAAGGGAAUUUUAGGAAGAACUGCAAAUGGGUAGAAAAUUAUCUCCCCUUAUCACGAAAUGUUAAAAUCAUUGCUUGAAUAUCAUAAUAACAAGGAAGCUAAAUUAAAAGAUUUAGAUCACUUCACUGUUGAUGUUCACCCUGAACAUAAGGACACUAGAUGCUUCUUUGUUGUUAAGUCUGAUGGAACAAAAGAAGACUUCUCUGCUGUUAAGUGUAUUAGCAACUUCGAAGAAAAAUUAAAAUUGUGA